AUGUCGGCCUUCACCAUCCCUCUCCUCAUCAACGGCAAGGACGCCGCCACCUCCAAAACCUUCGUCGUCCACUCGCCCGCCGCCCACAAGGACCUGUGGUCCUGCAGCUCCGCCUCGUCCAGCGAUGUCGACGCCGCCCUCCAAGCCGCGAAGGCCGCCUUCCCCGCCUGGUCCAAGACCAAGCCCAUCGCCCGCCGCAACAUCCUGCUGAAGGCUGCCGACUUGCUGGAACAACAUGGCGAAGAGUUCCGCGACCACAUGACCCAGGAGACGGGCGCCGCCGCCAUGUUCACCGGCUUCAACAUCAUGAUCGCCGCCGAGCUCAUCCGGGACGUCGCUGGCAGAAUCGGUGCAAUCAUGGGCGCCAUUCCUCCCACCCAGGACGACGACACCACCGCUCUCGUAUUCAAGGAGCCCUUUGGCGUGGUUCUGGGCAUUGCCCCGUGGAACGCCCCGUACAUCCUCGGCAUCCGCUCCGUCCUCUACGCCAUAGCCGCCGGAAACACCACGGUGCUCAAGGGCUCCGAGCUCAGCCCUCGCUGCUACCACAACAUCGGCCGCAUCUUCACCGAGGCAGGCCUGCCCACCGGCGUCCUGAACGUCCUGUACACCACCCGUGACGAUUCCCCAGCCGUUACGACCCAGUUGAUCAACUCGCCCGUGAUCAAGAAGGUCAACUUCACCGGCAGCACCGCCAUCGGCUCCAUCAUCGCCGCAACCGCCGGCACCGCGCUGAAGCCAUGCCUCAUGGAGCUGGGCGGCAAGGCCUCGGCCAUCGUCCUCGACGACGCCGACAUCGAGGUGGCCGCGACUCAAUGCGCCCUCGGUGCCUUCGUGCACAGCGGCCAGGUCUGCAUGUCGACCGAGCGCAUCCUGGUGCACAAGGACAUCAUCGAGAAAUUCCGCCCCGCCCUCAAGGGCUUCCUCACUCACUUCGAUGCCGGCCCCGCUCCCGUCGUGGUCCAGGGCGCCGCGAUCGAGAAGAACAGGAAACUGGUCGAGGAUGCCGUGACCAAGGGCGCCAAGGUCGUGCACGGCGACCACAAGAGCCAGGAGAAGCACCCCGACACGGGCGCCAUCUCGGCGACGCGGUUGCGACCCAUCGUCGUCGAGGGCGUCAAGGAGGAUAUGGAUCUGUAUCACCAGGAAAGCUUUGGUCCCAGCGUCAGCUUGAUCGAGGUCGAGAGCGAGGACGAGGCGAUCCGGAUCGCCAAUGACACCAAUUAUGGUCUCACCAGUGCUGUCUUCACCAAGGAUCUUGCUCGCGCGCUGAGGGUUGCGAAGCAGAUCGAGUCUGGAGCGGUACACAUCAACGGUAUGAGUAUCCACGACGAGCCUACGCUGCCGCACGGUGGUUACAAGAAGAGCGGCUGGGGCCGUUUCAAUGCUCACUGGGGUCUUGAAGAGUUCUUGCAGACCAAGACCAUCACCUUCAAGAAUUAA